UGGUUCAUGGUUUCUUUAACCUCAUGCUUUGUCUUCCUCCAAGCCUUAAAUGAUUUUUUUACAAACUCUGCAAAAUAUCCAACGACACAUCUAACUGUUAAAAUCUUUACAAACCUUUCGUAAAUGAUUUUUUUAGAUUUUUAAAAAUAAUUUAUCAACAAUUUUAGAGAAAAAAAGCCCCACAUGCCCAUUCACCCAUCCCCACAUAAAAGGUGGUGUGAAAAAAGCUCUUUUUGUACACACUGGGAAUGAUGGCGAUGAUGAUGCCUGCAUUCUCCAACAGGACCUCUCUCUCUCUCUCUCUCUAUAUUAUGUCUUCUCCUCUGUUAUUGUUGUCUAUUGCUUUUUCUUUUUCACAAUUACCACCAUGACCAAUCUCUUAUUGCCUCUCAAUCACCGAAUCUCAUGCUGUUUUAAUGGCGCUUCAUGAAAUAUCAGAGUUCUUGCCACUGAAUUAAAAACAACCAAGUAUGGAGAAGAAGUGCGGUUGUUGGGCUCUUCUCAAACGUGGGGUUUGCAAGUCCUCUGCCUCCAGAGACUCUGCUAACAUUAUCCCUCGUACUAGUCUUGUUUAUGAUGCAGCUACUGAGACAAGAUACCUAAACGCUAGCAACCGGGAGUUGUGUGCUAAUGAGGCUCAAUUAUCCUCCGAUAAUCCUGAUCUAUCACCGUCAGAUAACAAGCCACAACGUCAGUUGCUCGAGUUCACAUUUCAGGAGCUAAAAUCUGCGACUGGGAACUUUAGGCCUGAUAGCAUUCUGGGGGAGGGAGGAUUUGGAUAUGUAUUCAAAGGAUGGAUAGAAGAAAAUGGGACGGCACCAGCAAAACCCGGAUCAGGGGUUACAGUUGCCGUCAAAAGCUUGAAGCCAGAUGGUCUUCAGGGCCAUAGAGAAUGGGUGGCUGAAGUGGAUUUUCUUGGCCAGCUGCACCAUCCUAAUCUUGUGAAGCUUAUUGGAUACUGUAUUGAGGAUGAUCAGAGGCUUCUCGUAUACGAAUUUAUGACACGCGGAAGUCUUGAAAAUCAUCUUUUCAGAAGGACCAUACCUCUUCCAUGGUCCAAUAGGAUUAAGAUUGCUCUAGGAGCUGCCAAAGGAUUGGCCUUUCUCCAUGGAAGUCGAAAGCCAGUUAUUUACAGGGAUUUUAAGACCUCUAAUAUAUUGCUUGAUUCGGACUAUAAUGCAAAGCUUUCAGAUUUUGGUCUAGCAAAAGCUGGGCCUCAAGGAGACAAAACACAUGUUUCUACCAGGGUUGUUGGCACAUACGGCUAUGCUGCUCCAGAGUAUGUGAUGACAGGACAUUUAACAUCAAAGAGUGAUGUUUACAGCUUUGGUGUCGUGCUACUCGAGAUACUGACGGGCAGAAGAUCAAUGGACAAGAAGCGUCCCAGUGGAGAACAGAAUCUCGUUACAUGGGCACGACCUUACUUAGCUGACAAGAGAAAGCUUUACCAGUUGGUGGAUCCUCGCUUGGAGCUGAAUUACUCCAUUAAAGGGGUGCAGAAAGUUUCUCAAUUAGCUUGCAACUGCCUCAGCAGGGACCCAAAAUCCAGGUCUACAAUGGAUGAAGUUGUGAAGGUUCUCACUGCCCUGCAAGAUCUCAAUGACUUUGCCAUCUUAUCUCAUCACUCGCGUCUAUCACAACAAGGCAGACGUAAGAAGAAGGCAGAUGGAACUCAUCAGAUUGCAAAUCAUUCCAGAAGCAUCAGAGAUUCUCCUUUGAAUACUGGCAAGCAGCAUUGCAAAUGAUGCAUGUAUCAACCAGGUCCUCUCGAUUGGCUCAACUAUCAAAAUGAUUGGCGUGUUUGAAGAUAAUAUGUCAAUCUUGUGGCAUAAUAUCGAGUAUUAAACUUUGUUUGAGCCAUAAGGAAAAUGGAAGAGGAAAUCUGUUUCCUCGUUUUCCAGUCUUACACUCGAGAGCUAAGCAUCAACCUGAACCACUCGUUGCGAUUUGAAGUUAUUGUAACUGAGAUAUGUCUUGUAAUUAGAUUAAAACUUCCAUCCCAAUAUUGUUAGUUUUUGUUGCCUGAAUUCUGUUCUCUUUUGGGUUUUGGGUAUUAUGAACCAAACUCUCUUUGAUCUCA